AUGAAAUACGUGCUUGUGUCUGGCGGCGUCAUCAGCGGCGUGGGGAAGCACGUCUCGUCGAUCAAGGUCGACCCAUACCUCAAUGUAGAUGCAGGGACUAUGAACCCGAAGGAGCAUGGCGAAGUGUUCGUCCUCUCCGAUGGCGGCGAAGUUGACCUCGAUCUCGGUAACUACGAGCGCUACCUCAACAUCACCCUCACACGCGACAACAACAUCACCACCGGCAAGAUCUACCAGCACGUCAUCGAACGGGAGCGCAAGGGCGACUAUCUGGGUAAAACCGUUCAAGUCGUCCCACACAUCACCGAUGCGAUUCAGGACUGGAUCGAGAAAGUCGCGCGGAUACCCGUCGAUGACUCAGGCGAGGAGCCUGACGUCUGCAUAAUCGAGUUGGGAGGUACUGUGGGUGAUAUUGAGAGCAUGCCCUUCAUCGAGGCUAUGAGCCAGCUCAGGAGACGCGCGGGCAAGAACAACUUUAUGCAGAUUCACGUCUCGUAUGUGCCUGUUAUUCACGGCGAGCAGAAGACGAAGCCUACGCAGCAGGCCAUCAAGGCGGUGAGGAGUAACGGUCUGAUCCCGGAUCUGAUUGCCUGCCGUUGCGAACGCGAACUCGAAGCCUCUGCGGUCGAGAAGAUUGCCCACUUCUGCCAGGUCGAAAACGAACAAGUCCUGGUUGUGCGUGACAUGCCGUCCAUCUACCAAGUACCCAUGCUUCUCGAGCAACAGAGAUUGAUCCCCAUGGUCCGCCAGUUCCUUGCUCUUGAGCAGACCUCUAUCUCGCCCUCAAUGCUGCAGAAGGGCAACCAUAUCUGGGCGCAAUGGCAGUCGCUUACAGGCCACGACAGUCGCUUUCACGACCCGGUGACGAUUGCACUGGUCGGAAAGUACGUUGAACUCCAGGACUCGUAUUUGUCAGUCGUCAAGUCGUUGGAACACGCCACGAUGCGAUGCAGGAGGAAACUGGACAUUCGCUGGGUUGAUUCAGAUCACCUGGAGCCUAAGUGUCAAAAGACAGACCCUGAAAAGUACCACAAGGCUUGGCAUGAGGUUGUCAAGGCAUCUGGUAUCCUUGUGCCUGGCGGUUUCGGUCAGCGUGCCACAGAGGGUAUGAUCUCGGCAGCUACUUGGGCGCGUGAGCACAAGAAGCCAUAUCUUGGUGUCUGUCUAGGCAUGCAAAUCGCCGUCAUUGAGUACGCUCGCAACGUUUGUGGUAUCAAGGACGCAACUUCCGAGGAGUUCAACGGCGAUGCCCAGAACAAGCUCAUCAUGUUCAUGCCGGAGGUCGACAAGACGACCAUGGGCGCAUCGAUGCGUCUGGGUCUCCGACCGACUCUCUUCCAGCCGGGUAGCGAGUGGUCUAAGCUCCGCGCUCUAUACGCUGGCAAGGAAGAGAUUCUUGAACGUCACCGUCACCGCUACGAAGUCAACCCCGACUACAUCGAGACGCUCGAAAAGGGUGGCUUGAGCUUCGUCGGCAAAGACGACGCUGGUGUACGUAUGGAGGUUAUUGAAAUCAAGGACCACCCCUGGUUCGUUGGUGUCCAAUUCCACCCGGAAUACCUCUCCCGCGUCUUGGACCCAAGCAGGCCUUACUUGGGCUUCGUCGCUGCCAGUGCCGGUAUGCUUGAAGAGAUCACUCGUGACUAUCAGAGUGGUGCGGCGAACGGCCUCAGUGCGGAAGGUAUCGCCAAUGGUGUGAAUGACAUGAAGAUCAAUGGCGAUGCGAGCUUUUAG